CCGGGUUGACGCCACCGCGGGAGGAAACAACGAAACCAAACAAACCCGAAGUCAGUCGGAGCCCCAGAGUCCAGCUGAAAGUUCUGGAGAACCAGCAUCAGGGUCAGCUGAAAGCGACGGGGAAAUAAACUAGACCGACUCUAUUCUGCUUUCUGCUGAUAAAGGGGCAGGACUGCUUUUGAACGCCCUUUUUCGGAAAUAACAACAAAGACUCAACAGGUUUCAUUUUCAAUUUCAGUGCAAUUUUUUUUUUUAUUGGAAUUAUCCGUCGAUAAAUUAUCUUCAUUUAUUUAACUUAAUGCGCAAUAUAAAACUCAGCGACCACCAGCUCACGGACCAACGACAGGUUGCGCAACUGAAACAGCAGGAAGGCGCAAAGACGUCACCUCCAGUUCUCCCAGUGUCAUAGUGACUGGUCCCAGUCGGAAUUCAGCUGGGAGAGAGUAGGACCGCUUUUCAGAUCUUUGUUUAGCAACUCUGCUGCACGGACAAGUGGCCAAAACCGUCUUCAUAGUGGUUUUACUGAGUUGACCGGCAGUCCGCACCUGAAGUCAUUUCAAAGUAAAAACCGAGGAUGGGUGUGGCAACAACCAGAAGUCAGCUGUGUCUGAAGAGGCUGCUGGCUGAACCUCAAGAAAACUUACCAAAAUGCAAACUCGCCCGUCUGGAGACAUCCCAUUCUGCCAGUGGCCUAUCUUCAUGCCUCACACCAACAAACCCCGCACCCAAGUCCAGCCCAAGCCAGCCCCCAUCCAGAGUGGGACCAUAUCUCCUGUUUGUAAGCUGUGAAAGGGAGGAAACCUAUAGGGCCGUACACACAAGCACACAAAAGCAGUACACCUGUCAGGUUCUCCCUCUGCAGGGUUUCCAGGAACGGUUGGCGGCCUACGAGCGCAUUGGUAAACACGACAACAUCUGCCAUUUGCAAGAUGUGGUGGUCGGUCAAGACAACCUGUACGUCUUCCUGCCCGAUCACCAUGGAGACAUGCACGCAUACGUGCGCAGCAGGAAGCGCCUGGACGAGGAAGAGGCGGGGCGUCUGUUUGCUCAGAUGCUGAAUGCGGUGGUGCACUGCCACCAUAGAGGAGUCAUCCUGAGGGACCUGAAGCUGCGACGAUUCGUCUUUAUGGACCAAUACAGGACUCGUCUCGCCCUGCUCGGCCUUAACGACAGUGUAGUCCUCCACGGUAACCCUGAUAACGACUUCCUCAAAGACAGACACGGCUGUCCCGCCUACGUUGGCCCUGAGCUGCUCAACAACGGAAAUGGCUCCUACUCGGGUCGCGCUGCAGACGUAUGGAGCCUGGGCGUGUCUCUGUACACCAUGCUGAUUGGACGAUACCCUUUUCAGGACACGCAGCCAGCUGCACUUUUCGCUAAGAUCCGGCGCGGGGUGUUCAGCCUGCCCAGUGGCUUGUCGCCACAGGCAAAGUGUCUGAUUAGCUGCAUGCUGAGGAAGUUGCCUGCUGAGAGACUGAAGGCAUCCGAACUGCUGAUGCAUCCAUGGCUGACCACCAAUCUCUGUGUGCAACACCACAAUGUGCACAAGACGCAUCACAACCAAAAUGCAAUGCAGAACAAACAGAUGGAGGAUGACCAAGUGGUGCCAACAUGGACUGAGAAACAAUAAAAUGUUUAUACACUAUAUCUUCAUGUGUGAAUUUGCAAUAACACACUGCCUGGCCACAAGUCAAACAGUAACUUACCACUUGGAUGUGGUUCCAUUCUAAACAUUUGAGCAUUAGUAAAUUUUGUUACGUUGCAUAGAGUUGCAUUAUUUAUAAUUAGAUUUUUUUAACCAACAUGAUGAAAGAGGCUGAAUCUUGGGAAUUUUUUUUCUUGGUGAAUCCCACAAUCUUUUCCUCAGUUUGGGCCUGAUGAAUCGCGGCAUUGUGGCUGUGAAAUAUGCUUGUGCCGUUUGAAAGAAACUGAUUGAUGGAAAAAGGUUAUUUUAGUUUAAUCAGUUACUCAGCUGAUCUUUUUAAAGAACUUCAACUACAUGAGAAAUCCCAUUGCUUUGCAGUUCAGUUUUUAGCAAAGAAAAACUAUAUCAUUUAUUUUCAUAAACUAGAUUUCCCAAACUUACACAUUUUCUCAGGUUACAAUCACUCAAGAUAUCUUUGAGAUCAUAAAAAGUUGUUUUUUUGGGGUGGGGGAUUUCACAGUUCCUAAUCUAUUUUUUCCAGUGUUCUUCCUUGAUGUUUAAAUUGUCUUGACCAAUAAUUUGAUCCUUCUGAAAUAACUAUAGGAUAUUCUUCAGUAUGUCGGUACACGUCUGCCUGCUGGUGAGUUUCAAAACUUGCUUAUACAUUAUUUUGCAAUAACAUUUUUUCUAACAUUUUGUUAGAAACUGUUCAUAGUCAUUUGCGGCCAAGCAGCCUACAAUCAAUUUGCAACUUAAACCAGAUUCCAGCUUCAAGGUUUAAACAUUUCUCUAAAAAUGUUCUUACAUCUCACAGUGAAAAGUCUUUUUGUUUUUUACAUAUGUGUGCAUACAUGAAGUGAUAAACACUACCAUUGGUAUGAUCCUGGAUUACUUGAACCUCAGGUGCCUUCGUCUGUUUGUAGUUGUGUCUCAGCUUUUGCCCCGCCUCUUUGAGAUAAAGUGGUCUCAUGUCGACAUUCAUCUAAAGAAUUAGAAUGUUUUGUUUUCUAACCAUCUGUACUGCAGCUACUCUCCCAUGGUUUUAACAACAUACAAGCACACCAAUGCAGUGUGGAAACUUUUCUUUUCUGUAACUCGGUUUUGAAGUGGUAGAUUUGGCUCAACACACAAAAGAAAAACAUCCUUUCUUUUGCAAAUACUUAAAAUGAGCUUCGUCAUUUACUGAUGUAGUGAUGUCAGUUGAAUGUGUUGAAGAAAAACACCUAAAAAUACCACAAAAUUUAGAUUUGAGUCUCUGAAGGAGGCGGCGCCUCAAGAGGCAGAACUUCUUUCAAGUGUUUACAUUUAUAAAUCCUGUUAAGGAUCAUUACAAAAAUUGUUCACUGUUUUAAAGAGUGUGUUGCUGAGCAGAAAAAUUAAUUCAACUUAAAUGUGUCUUUAGUUUUCAGAUAAUCAAUGUUUUUAUUUAGUUUUAUCCAGUUAAAAGUAAAUAAACUGAAUUUGGUAAUUAGCAAAAACUCUGCUUUAGUUGCACGAAAAAUGCUUUGGGUAUUGAGAGAAAAAAAGUUUUUUAGAUCAGAAAUAAUCUGAACAAAAUAUAAAUAAUGAAACAUUAUUUUCUUAAAGCCGCAGCACUAUCAAACAUAUAUUUUUGGGCAUUUUUAUGGUCCAGAUUGCAUUAAAAACCUGGAGUAGAUUAGCCACUUAAUCACAUUUCAGGACAAUGAAGAUGUAUUUUGAGGACUUGACUUACAAUAAGGAAAAAAUACUGUACAAAUACUAUGCUAUACAAAUACAAUUAUUUCAAAAUUGUCCAAUUUUGAAAUAAUUUGACAAUUAUUCCCUAAUUUGCCAUCCUCCUGUGAGUGAUGAAGAAAAUCGCUACCCAACAAGCUUGAUGCCUUUUGUUUUAGUGUACAGUGCAAUUUCUGUUUUCAGUUGUGACAGAAUAAAUAAAGGCUGUUUAAAGUUG